AUGCCUAAGGUUGAGAGAUUUUUCAAUAAUGAUUUUAAAAAUUUCAGUGACAAUAGAUCUACAAGACAGAGGUUCAAACGUCAUGAUACUUUAAGAAGAAUUAAACGAACAUCAUUCUCACUGCCUCGUCAUUUACCAUAUGACUACAGUGACAAUGAUGAUGGCUUCUACGUACUUUAUCUUAAAUUAAUCGAGAGACUAUGUUCUCGUGAUGAAUCAAACUGCAUACCAAAUACUUGUAAAUGGUAUAUCGAAGAUUUCAAGUUCCAAUUGUAUAAUAAAAAAAAUCCAUGUCACAAUUUCACAGUAGAUUUUAAUGAAGAAAAAAUAUCGUCAAUACAAAGUAGCAUAGACGAAAAGUGGGGAAGCAGCCCCAAUUGGAAAUUGUAUCAAAUGUCUGAUUUUACUUGGAAAUUUAGCGGCUCUUGCAGUCUCAGAAUCCCGGAGCUUGAUGACGAAUUUAAAUUUUUCAAGAAAUCAAUUGACUUGUAUGACAAAUUCAGUAUCGGUAAAAAUUUAGAAGAUAAAGAUAUAAUUAUUGGAGGUGAUUAUUCGAUUGAAGAAAUAUCUGACGCUAUUUCCGGUGUUUUGGGGGGAAAUUACGCUCAACUUGGAUGUACUGAGGGAAAAAAUUGGUGGAAAGAUCUAAAUUAUCCCCGAUUCAAUGAAUUGAUAAUAUUUUUGGAUAAACAAUUUAGUCCGAUAAAAAAUCCUGGAUGGCGGAAGCAUGGAUAUAGAUUACAAGAUUGUCAGCGGAAUGUCACUGUUUACUAUGACGUCUAA